CCACAGAACAAAGCAAUACGAUGAAUAUGGCUGCCGCUCCCAUGAAGCUCGUAACUCCAUUCCUCCUUCUCCUCCUCCUGGCCCUCCACCCUUCCUCAUUCCCCACCGCCGCCGCAGCACGUGACCUCACGAACCUCCCCACCUCCACGCGGAGCUCCGCAUCGUCCACGUCAUCAUCACCAUCCACCUCCCUGGCGUCGCGGCUGAAGUACUCGGACGCGGCAGCGGCGGGGGGAGAUGGAGAAGAGACGAGCAACUGCUGGGAGUCAUUGACGGAGCUGCAGGCGUGUUCGGGGGAAAUCAUCCUCUUCUUCCUCAACGGCGAGACGUACCUCGGCCAAGGGUGCUGCCGUGCCAUCCGCGUCAUCGGCCGGCACUGCUGGCCCCACUUGAUGGGGACCUUGGGCUUCACCGACGAGGAGAGCGACGUGCUCGAAGGGUACUGCGAUCGUGCCGACGACGACGACGGCGAUGGAGACGAUGGAGAGGAUGAUGGUGGCGAUGGGGGGUCUCCCGCUCCGCCGAAUCAUCACUCGCCGCCGGCAUCGCCACGUCAUGUGGUCGUCGUUCCUUGAGGAUUUUCGCAAUAGAGUUUGGGCUAUUGUACGAAGAAUAAUCAUGAGCAUGUAAUUAUAUGAUGAAGAAUAAUUGGCUUUUGGAAUGGACCCGGUGAAUAAAUUAUAAAAAUUCUCUCCGCUCUUAGUUUCUUUUAUUUGGGGUUUGCUACUACUACGACUCUAAUUAUGUAUGAUUUGCGUUUGGGGAUAUGGCAAAAUAAACUCGCGCAUUCGUUGGUAUAUUAUUCUAUCCGACUUAACCUUAUCAAAAUGGAUAAAAUUAGUGUCGGACUAGCGCGUCUGCGCCAUCUGUAAAUAGGGCAACAGACAUGUGUACUAUUUUGUGAAGCAGGCCUGGAAACCGAGUUGUGAGUUACUGCAAGCCAUGAAGGGAUUCUUUGAUGACUUGGUUAAAUGGAAUAAAGAGGUUUUUGACAA